CUUCCACCCGAAACUUCCUCCUCCCACUCUUAUCUUCCCGUUGGGCUCUCUCUCUCUCUCUCUCCCCCCUAUAAAAACCCUCCGCGCAUCAAAGCCUCCUCCACACCGAUCUCAGCCGCCGGCGAGAACAAGAAGAGAAAGAUGAGCUACUACAACCAGCAGCAGCACCCCGUCGGCGUCCCUCCUCCCCAAGGGUAUCCGCCGGAGGGGUACGUGAAGGACGCCUACCCGCCGCCGGGGUAUCCGCAGCAGGGGUACCCACCAGCGGGGUACGCGCAGGGGUACCCGCCACAGAGCUACCCUCCGCAGUACGCCCAGCCGCCGCCCCAGCAGCAGAGCAGUGGGCCUACCUUCCUCGAAGGAUGCUUGGCGGCUCUGUGUUGCUGCUGCCUUCUGGAUGCCUGCUUUUGAGACGGUGCGAGGGCUGAUCCAAUCACACACAGUGUCCUGUGUUUGGUGUGUGGCGACAUGGUCAGCUGUUCUUUCUAGAGAGACAUUAUCUUAGUUUAAAGCUUCCGUUUUUUUUUUCUUGUUUUUCUUCUCCCCUCCUAAUCGACGUUGUAAGGGUUUACCUGGAGUUGGAUUUGGUGUUCUGAUUUGAAUUGGUAAAUGGUAGUUGCAUUAGGUAUCAUUCUCUGAAAAAGUAAAGAAAUUAAAGAAUUCGGGGGUGUUUUGGCAUGUCAUAGUGGCUAUCUUUUGAUGUUUAGUGGAUCUGUGUGUUGGUAUGUUCAUAUAUAUAUUUCCUUUGGCUAGUAA